AUGGUUUCUCAAGACCUAAGUAAGGACUCUGGCUCCAAAAAAAAUGGAGGUAAGGAGCUUGGAAUGGUAACUCCUCAAGACAAGCCCUUGAAGAAGAUGAAGUUUGUUUCAGCUGUUGAGACAAAACCAACCAGCACGACAACAAUUUCUAAGGAUUCAAAGUCAGGUCGAGGAAUGAGCACAAUGCCUUGUGUUGUGAAGAGAAAAUUGCAGAAAAUCAAGCCAGUUGUUGAGUACAAUAAAAGGGGGAAAGGAUGUGGCCCUGCACAUACUGAGAUGCAGUCCUACAUUGGUGUGUUGGCACGCUCCAGAGUCCCACUUGUGGACAAGAAAGGGCUGAAAUCCCCAAGGAUAUAA